AUGAUUACAGCAAAUGUUCUUGACUUUUGCUAUUACCCUAAAAGCAUUUUCUAUGCAAAUACAGAAUUAUUUAGUAGGGAUGUUAAUAGGUUGAUGAUGAAGAGAAAAAAUAUCACAAAUAUUACUAUUAGAGAGUAUAACUAAAUCAUUAUGAAGAAUAGCGAUACUUCUAAGUAUCAGAAAGAGAUCAUUUACUCAAAGAAUGACACUCCACGAAUUCCUUUUAUCACUCAUAGAAUCUGGUUGACAGAUCCUUAUGAUCCAAAAGAAAUGUAAUAAGUUCUUCCAGAAAUAAUUAGUCAAAUAUAAUCUACUUAGAAACAGUUUGACAUUUCAGCUAAAUAGCACAAUUAAAAAUGGAAUCAUUAUCUGUGGGUUUAGGAACAAAACUUGAUCCCUCAAACAAUUCAACUUUUUGAAUAAAUGGGUUUUAGAAUUAAACUGCUUAGUGAACUUAAAGAGAUGAAGAUUUAAAGAGUUUAAAAGCAAUUUUCCUACUAUUUAGAGGAUUUACGAAUGAUUGGGGCUGCUAGUGAUUUUAUCCGAGGAAUUAUAGUCAAAGAAAAUGGAGGAGUUUAUCUUGAUAAUGAUUAUUAUUUUGAAAGUUGGGAUUAUAAUAUCAACUAUUAUUUUGAUUUUUUAGGUGUUUAAAUGGGGGUGACACCUACGUUAAGAGGUAUUAACAAUGCAUUUUUCGCUGCUAAAUAAGAUCACCCAAUCAUUUAAAAUUACUUCACUUUAAUGAUGGAUGUAUUUAAAUUUGAAGAUGAAGAGAAAGAAAGACCCUUAUUUUUAAAUAGCUGCUCUUUUAGAACCACAGCGUCAACUAUCUUUGGUACGGGUCCCCCAAUCAUAAGUCUUGCAGCUAUGAAUUUCAUUAACCAGUCAGGAAACCAAGAUAUAAUUGUAAAUAAAGAAUACAGUGGCAUCUUUAAUCAUUAGACAAUAUAAAUAAUUGAUGAAAAAGGAGAACAAAAGGAAUUAAAAAUUGAGUUCAUUGGAAAAGAUAUACAGACUUAAACAUGGAGGAGAGAUAUGCAAGAUUCAACCAUAUUUGGGUGGCCUUAAUUCAAUAGCUUUUGA